GGCUGCCCACGGCCCGACGACACCCUCUACCCGAGCCUGAUCGGCAUCGACCUAGCGGUGCCCCAGUGGGAAGCCAUCGGAACCGCCCUCAUCCUGACGCUCAUCAUUGUCAUCACGAUCGUCGGCAAUAUCCUGGUGAUCCUGAGCGUGUUCACGUACCGGCCACUCCGGAUUGUGCAGAACUUUUUCAUCGUAUCGCUGGCAGUGGCCGACCUGACGGUGGCCAUCCUGGUGCUGCCCCUGAACGUCGCCUACUCGCUGCUCGGACGCUGGGAGUUCGGUAUCCACGUGUGCAAGAUGUGGCUCACGUCGGACGUCCUGUGCUGCACCGCGUCCAUCCUCAACCUGUGCGCGAUCGCACUCGACCGCUACUGGGCGAUCACGGAUCCGAUCAACUACGCCCAGAAGCGCACGCUCGAGCGCGUCCUGGCGCUGAUCGCCGGCGUCUGGGUCCUGUCGCUCCUGAUCAGCUCGCCGCCGCUGAUCGGCUGGAACGACUGGCCGGCCGAGUUCUCGAGCGAGUUCCCGUGUCAAUUAACGAGCAACCAGGGCUACGUGAUCUACUCCUCGCUCGGCUCCUUCUUCAUCCCGCUCGCCAUCAUGACGAUCGUGUACAUCGAAAUCUACGUCGCCACGCGCCGCCGGCUCCGCGAGCGCGCCCAGGCCUCCAAGAUCAACACGCUGGCCACGCGCAGCAUCGGCAUGGCAUCGGCUGCAGGGCCUGGAGCCUCGGGUGUUGGCCCGACCGACAACAACGGGCAGCCAGCUGCCACCGUCUCCCAGCAACCAGCUGCCACCGCCGCCACCGCGGGUCCACAUCCGGACCAGGAGUCGAUCAGCAGCGAAACGAACAACCACAACGAACACGGACCGGCCCAGGCGGAUCCGGACGAGGGAAGUGGGAAGAAGCCAGCGGGCAAGCGGAGCCGGCUCGGGGCGUACUUCGGGCGGGCGCUGGGCGGUGGGGGAACCGCCUCCAACAACAACAACCGGAAACGGAAGCAACGGCAACCGGAUGGUGGCCAAGGCGGCCGGCGGCUCCUGGGGUCGGGUGCCGCCGUGGAGCGCGAGGACGACUCGGUGACGGACUACCCGGACAACUCCGGGUCCGGCGAGAGUGCCAAGGCCGCCGAGCAGCAGCUCCAACAACUCCAACUCCAACAACAGUCCAACUGUGAUACUCCGGCCCAGGCGGAUCCACCGGCGGCCAAGAACGGGCUGGAAGUUCGGACGACGACUACGGUGGCGUUCGAUGGAUCGGCCCAGGGUGGGGGUGGGCAGCGGCCACCCACGGCCGCCGCCGCCGGCCGCUUGAAGCAAUCGUUCCGGAAACCGGGCGGCAUCAACCAGUUCAUCGAGGAGAAGCAGAAGAUCUCACUGUCGAAGGAGCGGCGGGCGGCCCGGACGCUCGGCAUCAUCAUGGGCGUGUUCGUCGUGUGCUGGCUGCCCUUCUUCCUCAUGUACGUCAUCCUGCCGUUCUGCCCGAGCUGCUGCCCGACGAAUAAGUUAAUUAAUUUUAUCACCUGGCUGGGCUACAUCAACUCGGCGCUCAACCCGAUUAUUUACACGAUAUUCAAUCUCGACUAUCGGCGCGCGUUCAAGCGGCUGCUCGGCAUCAAGCCGUAA